AUCCAAGCCCAGGCACAGAUAGCGCAAAGAGAGUACGAGAGCGCAAGCCAGAAGAUACAGCCAGCUGGAGCAUCACUGAAUCCUAAACCAACAGCCUCAUCAUCACAGGGACAUCAGCAGACCGCAACAAGGCCUUUCAGAGGUGAUAUCCUGAGAUAGAUCAUACACCACAGCAGAGACAAUGCCGAUCUGUACCAUCCUGGAGAAGAGCAACGGUGUGGUGGUGGGAGCAAAGCUGAGCUGUAGCGUACGAGAGGAGAACAGGGCAAACAGGGAGAGCUACAGUGCUGACUGGCAAAGUGUCAAUCUCAAGACUCAACCUGAAGAAAGGUGAGCACUUACUGACCAACCAGAUUGCCUUCUUUAGGCUGUGUCAUCUCUGAUUAAAGAGGGAGACGUUCAGAUUUUUUUUGGGUGGUUGAUUUAUUCAAAUACUGGAUGGUAGCUAGUCUUCAAAGUUUCUGACAUAAACUUUUCUCUGAUACCCACAGGCAGAUGAUGAAUUUUGAUGACAAAUCUCGGAGGGAGACCCUGGCCCGGCAGUGGCAAGCCCGUUCCCUGAAGCAAAACUGUCCCUCUGGUGUUUUCAGAGUGGGCACUGUGGAAAGAGGGGUGAGGGAGCACCAGCUGCUGCCCAAGAGGAACACCCUCCCUCUGCCCAUCUUCACCCCUGCAGAGCUUGGAAUCAGGCUUGGACGUGGAGCCCCACACACAGAGGAGGACCUGAAGCCCUUCCCCAUCCCAGAUGGAGCCUGUCCCAGCAAGAGGACCAUGGAUGAGAUCACCAGGGACCUGCCUCCUGUCAAGCCAACGCUCAUGGAGUUCGCAAAGGAAACCAGGGACCUGGGCCGCUCUUUGUCCCAAGAGGCCCAGAGAGGGUGAAAAACAAAAAGAACUGAAAGAGGAAGAGGGCAAGUUCAGGAGAGACGAGAGGGGUGACAGUUGUGAAAGGAUAGUCAUUGAUCAGAGUGUGUCAGGAAAGAGCAUGAUGAGGUGUAUAUAGAUUUAUCUCCACUGACAUUCAUUGAAAAACCCUUAAAAACGUACAUCUUUUGAGCGAUGUUUCUUGGUGAGCACAGCACCUGGCAAAUAUCACACUUUGCCACUGAUGGCAUGUGGUGGUCAGUAUGAAGGCAUUUGCAUUGUGAUGGCGAGACGGGGUGUGUAUUCUCAGCUGUGCCAUGGCCUGAUCUCUGUCUGUGCUGGCCAGCUGGCAUCAGCAUAUCUGCUGGUCUUUGAAAGGGAGACAGACCAAUGCUGCAUAAAAUUAAAAAGAGCAGAUAUCAUUUAAGGGUAAAUGAAAGUGUUCCUAAGGUUACCAGUUUCAUCAUUAUACUUUUAGUUGAUGGUAAAGAUAUGAAACGAUGCAGAAAGUGAAGGUGGAAAAUAAUGAGCAAAAGAGAGCCACAGAUUUUGAACUGUAUAAAUGGAUUAAAAGAAAGAAAGACCAUCAAAGGGAAAGGAAGGGGUGAGGGUUUGAGAAUCAUCCGGGCCUCUGUAGUCUCUAAUCAUUGUGCAGGCUACAGAGAGCUCUAGCAUGUCCACAUGAUGCAACUGUACAGAUGUGUGUGUGUCCAUCUUUGAGUGUGUGUGUCACCUCCAAUGAGUAGGAUUUGGAAAAACUAAUAAGCUAUUCUUUACUGAGUUACUUUACUACCUGCCUUUUAGUAGAGAGGCACAUGUGAUAGAUGAACUAAAACUGUACCAGCUGAGAAUACAAAUGAGAAUGAACUGUGUGCAUUUAUGUAUAUUUUUAGAACAUAUUUUUACUAAUAAAAGCUGAGA